UAUUGUUACUAAUAACUCAGGUGAAUGAAAACCAAUAUAUAUUUUCAUUCAUUCGUUUAUUCACAGUGACAGUUCUGAUUUUAAUUUCACAUUUGACUUCAACGUGGAAUAGUCCUCGUUAAAUGAAGGCAACCAAAGACUGUUCGAUGACCCUGUGUAAAAUAGCGCGAUUGCACAUCACGGGAAUUUUCGGCAGCCGAAAGAUGGGCGAACUAUGUACAAAUAAAAUCUCGAAUAAACCAUUUUUGUUUUAAUUACCAUGUCAUUUGCGACAUGACUCGUUAAUUUUAGGCAAGGAGCGAAUGCUAAUUCAUCAGGUCUGAUUUGGCUUGAUUCAUGCCUUCUACAUGAAGUCUCUUCCUCAAACUGAGCUUGAUGUAAAUGUUGGGGUAGAUCGUCAUUCAUGCUACCUGAAAAAUCACUUUGGCAGAAGUAAAAGUCUUGGAGUUGUAGAAAGACUGGAUACAGACCGUUUACAAAUUGACUUCACUAUAAGAAACGACAGUUUGGUGCAUAAGGAAGAGUCAAAGAAGAUAGUGGCAAAACCUAACAAAUGUAAGAUACCUGAGGACGUCAGAUUUCCACUGUGUUCUUUCAAAGUAAAGUCCUUUCCUGAUUCUUGGAAUCCUAAGUGCCACGGUGGGAAGCAUAGGGUGGAUCUGGAUGAUAGAUGUUCUGUGAUUCAAUAUCUUAGUGAGGUCGAAGCAUGGUGUCCAGUGUUACCAUGGCGACAUGACCAGGACCCAUUUAAGCCAUCAGUGAGUCAAUCACAGGCAAAGAUUCGUACAGAUGUAUCAGAAUUACUACAGCAACUUGCAGAUGACCGUUACGCCUGGAUGAGGAUUCGAAUCACCGAAACAUGGCCGCAAUGGGUAGAAGCCGUCAAAGAGCUAGCUAUCAGAAAGGGUAUAUCAGGAAGGAAAAAGAAAAAGAUCGUUCUUUAUAUGGGAAGCUUAGAAUUCAACUUUAAGAUCUUCAUGGAGGCUUUCAGUGGUGGCGUUCUGGGAGAACUCAGCCAAUGGAGUGACGUCAUGAGUGCACUGUACAUAUUGGGACACGAUCUUGUAAUCACGUCGGACCGAAACGACUUACCAAACAUUAUCACACCUCCCGACUCGGACGGCUGUGCUUCCAAGGUACUUAACGACAGAUUGGAUCUGAUAUUAACUGAUAUCAUAGGCGUUGCAAAGUUGGGUGAUGCAAGUGGACCGCAUCAAUCUCGAUACAGAUGCAAAAUUCGUAUCCUUGACUCAUUUGGUUCUGACGCUGAAUUCAACUUUGAUUUUUACAAAGAGAACAUUCCUGGUGGGAGAUCCGUAUGGGGAAACUUAAAUCUGCUCCUUCCACAGUUUAUGACUAUGUAUCCCCACAGUCCUGAUAAUUCGUUCAUUGGCUUUGCUGUCCCAAAUAAGAAGCAUCUGCUACAAACAACAGUGACAAGAAUAAGAACAAAAGCACUUGUUUAUGGAAAAAUGCCACAUUUUUGGGAGGGCAAGAGACAUUACCUCGAUAUAAUCAAGAAGUACUUCCAUGAAGUCCAUGCCAACAUUGGAACGAAAAACGAGAGCGAGCUUCGCGAGUAUGAAGUCCCAGACUAUAUCGUUAAUCACGGCAUAGUAAACAUUACUACGCUAUUGAGUCUCUUUCAAAGUAGUAAGGUUUUUGUGGGUCUUGGAAUGCCAUUCGAAGGACCAGCAGCUCUUGAGGCACUGGCCAAUGGAUGUUUCUUUAUUAAUCCCAAGUUUACUCCGGCUUAUGAUCGUCUUAAUCACGGAUUUUUCGCAGGAAAACCCAUGGAUAGAAAGAUCACAUCUCAAAAUCCAUACGCAGAGGUAUUCAUUGGAAUGCCAUUUGUCCAAACAGUUGACAUUGAAAAUCAAGUGGAGGUCGAAGAGGCCGUGAAGAAUAUACUUGAAUCAAAGGCUACCCCACACUUACCAUACGAGUUCACAGUUCUGGGGAUGUUAGAGAGACUGAACGCUUAUGUAGAAUACCAGGACUUUUGUCGCCCUAAUGACUGGCCUCCUAUCAAAGAGCUGAAAACCGCGAUCAGUAAAGAUGGUCAAUCGUGUGUGUUUACCUGUCUGGACAAAGGUCUUGUCUGUGAGCCUACUUUCUUCCCAUCAAUUAAUACACAAGACGCGCUCAAAAGAGCCGAGAUGCCUUGCAAUCUAUCAACGAUUGAACCACGUGACAGUAUCCUAGCACCAUCAAUGAACACAGCAGAUAGCACGUGUAUGCUACAGAGUGAGACACUUCUAUUCAGCUGCCGGGCAGCAAAACCUGGUGUCGUUCGUGUCUGCCCUUGCCGCUCCUACCGCAAGGAGCAAGUUGCAUUGUGUGAAUCGUGCUUGGGAAGCUGACACCACUGACAACAAAAGAACAAAGGUGUUCAAAACCAAUAUUUUUACAUUUUCGUGGUAACUGAAUCGUGAAUGCGGGUCUCGCGACGUUUCACGAUGUACGAGAAGAUGAUUACAUAGAAGUACACCACCAUUGCGUCUGGGCUGUAGGUCUAAGCUAGAUCGAGGAAAUUCAGUUUGAUCUCGCGAGAGAGGAAUGGGUUAUUGACCAAACGUUGUUAAACAAUUUGAAAGAAGAAUGCGUUGUUAACCAACGUUUUAGAACAAUUAUGUCUGAUGACACCCGAAGACUGAAGGAAGGAAUUUCGUUUAAAGCAUGUAAUUACCUUUAACAUCUUAAAAAACAAUCUCUCCGCAAAUCUUCUUUUUAGGGGAGAUAUAUACGCAUGAAUGAUUAACAGUUAACUACAGGCUCGUUGUAAUGUAAUGCUGCAGUCCCUAGCUUGAUAAAGUGCCUUCAAAAAUAUCGCUUAUUUCGUUUUUAGAAGGAGGAUGGCAACAUUGCAUAAGAGCAUUGAAGUUGAAACUCGUUCCCAAUAUGUGACUUAUCGCGUGCUUUCUAAUGCGAUGCAAUUUGUCCCGGAAGUGUUAUUCUCUUUGGUUGCUAGAAAAGAGUUAAGGUACUUAUGAAAAGAUAAAUCAGAAUUUUUGGAAAUAUGUGGCAGUUACAGACGCGACU